AACCAGCUUUACCAUCACUGUGACCUCUGAAGCUGGAGAGAAUGAUGAAAAGGAGGGGUCCAAGAGCUGAAAGCAGACAAACAGGGCAGUAACCGGAAGGAACAGGGCAAAUUCAGUGAAAUCAACAAUAACUGCUUAGUUCCUGGACUCCUCUCCUCUGCCGGCCAGAACAGUCAAAGCCUCCCACCGUUCAAACAGCUGUGACCGGGAUUUUGUCCCUCUGUUUUCACGAGCCGUACAGACAGCCCUUAAGUUUACCUAUGGAGAAAAGUAUCCAGAUGAGGCUCCUCAUUAUGAGAUAUUCUCCCAGGAGAACCUUGAAGAUAAUGACAUCUCAGACAUCUUGAAGUUACUGGAACUCCAGGCAGAAGAAAAUCUGGGCACGGUGAUGAUCUUCACGUUGGUGUCCGCGGUCCAAGAGAAGUUGAAUGAGAUAGUCGAUCAGAUAAAAAACAGACGAGAAGAAGAAUUGAAACAGAAAGAAAAAGAAGCAGAAGAAGCAGAAAAGCAAUGUUUCCACGGCACCCCCGUCACAAUUGAGAACUUCCUCAGCUGGAAGGCGAAGUUUGAUGCAGAGCUUUUGGAGAUAAAGAGGAAAAGGAUGAAGGAGGAAGAGCAAGCUGGAAAAAACAAACUGAGCGGGAAGCAGUUGUUCGAAACGGAUCAUAACCUCGACACCUCUGACAUCCAGUUCCUAGAGGAAGCAGGCAACAGUGUGGAGGUGGACGAGUCUCUGUUCCAGGAAAUGGACGAUCUAGAGCUGGACGACGAGGAUGAUGACCCGGACUAUAACCCCGUUGAUUUGGGGAGUGACUAGACCCUCCAGCCCGAGAGGCCGGGGUCCCUCUCCACCUGAGAGGCUGUGCCACAGCAUCUGUGGCUGGGUCGGGAAAUGGUUCUGUUCUGUUCUCUUUUUUUCUAAGAAAAAAAGAAUAAUUUCAGAAGAAGAUUCUUCUGAUUCGUUGUUCUCAGUAAACUGACUUUGGGGUCU